CCCGUUGCCGUACCCGUUGCCGUACCCCGCCGCCGCGAUGAUGCCUGGCAGGACCCUGCGCAAGGGCGCGCCGCCCGCCGCUCCCGCAGGGCGGGAGGUGGAGGCUCAGUGCGCCCUGCAGCUGCGCAGGAUCGGCGACAAGUGGGACCUGCGGCAGAAGAUCCUGAACCUCCUCACGAAGCUAUUCUUCCCGGAGACGUGAGCUCCCCUCGGACGCGGUGCGCUGAAAAAGCAGGGAAAGACCUUGGCUUUGUGGAUUUGGGACAAGAGACUUCACUGACAGUGGGAGAUGAAGAAAGCUCUUUGAGUUGUAUUUUGCUGCCCGGAGCCGCUGAAGGAUGGCUAUCGUAACACAGUUUCUUUGAAGAAUGUUACAGCGAUGUUGGCGUCUGAAAGCCAGAUGAAAAAAAACAAAGGUAGUGACGGGCAGAGGCCCUCGCCACACGAUGGGGAGACUUGCGGCAAGAUGGAACUUGCCCUUCAGCCUGGUCUGAGAAGACUUCCAGCAGCCCAGUUUCCCCAGUCACCCUCUGGUCCUCCUGCUUCACCGAGGACCACCUUUGGGAAGAAGCCAAAAAAAAGUCAGUGUCUUGGAACACGGGAUCGUAUCCCGCAAGGCAAAAGCCAGUUGCUCGGGUUCUGACUGUUUUUGUUUCCUAAAGCAUGGAUUCUGCUGGACAGGAAUCUGGUGGUGGGAUUAUUUCAUUUGUUAAUUAAACCACUGUCUGUAUUGGAAGGUUAUUUGUUACAGGAUGUUGCUUUGUGGACUAAAAAUUACAAUUCCAUGUACUAACACGAUACUGCAUAGUUCUAGUCUAUAUUAUAUAUAUAUGUGUAUGUAUUUGUGUAUAUAUAUAAUAUAUAUAUAAAAAAUAUAAAUACGUGCACCCCAUGUGCAUGAAAUGAGUAUUUCACAGAACUAUUAAUUGAAUGCUACUUGUUAGGUUCAAAAAUAGUAUGAAAAAAUGUUCAAAACAUGACAUAAAAAUACAUUAUAUUAAUUAGAAGAAAGCAUAAUGUUUUCUGAUAAUAAAGGAAAUACUUCAUGCAACUGAGGGGAGCAUACUUUAGUAUAGCAUUAUAUAAGACAUAUAAGAAUAUAUAUUACAUAGAUAGAGAUAUUGAGGUAUGUGUGUUUGGUGGAAGGAUUCUUUCAACAUUACAAAGAAUUUCUUGAGAACGGUACAAUACUGCUGUGCCUUUAUAAGUAACAAAAUAACUCUUCAAUAGAAGUAGACCUUAAAGUUGAAUGUGAGUUGAAUCUUAAGUUUUCUUGAGAAUGUUAUUUAUUCAAAGAAAGCAACUACCUCUCUUUGAAGAAAUAAUAUCAGUAGAACUUAAUGUUAUCAUCAGUACAGGAAAGUAGCCUUGGACUUCUGAAUGUUUAAUAUACUCGCAAGCAAAGGUUCUUCCCUUGUACUUUAUUUCCAUUUCAUUUCACAGCAACCUCAUUUCAGUUCCAGAAUGAUGAAGCCGCUGUAGCACAUCCAGUGGAUGGUGAUGCAUUAUGCCUAUCUCACUGACGGGUUAUUACCCUUGGCUGGCUUUGGAUGAGCUGAAUUAAGCAUGCUGAUCGCUGUCAAGGCAAACAGUGACUCUGCUAGUCAAUUCAUGUCAGAAAUGAUCCUAAGCAGUGUUUUUUCACAGAUGCAAGCUAGCAAGAAAAUGGCUGAAGCUGAUCGUGUUUUGUAGCUACUUCUUAGGUCAAUGGUCAGAGUUCCUUCUCUUAACUAACCUUGUAAGUACAUUUGCAUUGUAUAAGGCUGUAUAAUUCCACUUUCUGAACUCUGGGUCUGUUCAAAUUAAAUUUUUUGCUGCCUUGAAUAGUGAAUUCUUGUUUGUAUUUACAAUUAAUUUUUUGGUUAGCUCUUCUGAAUCUGCAUUUGCAAAAUUGUCGUGAAAUAGCUCUGGUCACUCUGUCACAACCAACUGUAUAUGGCUGUUACUUGUUGUCACUGAUUUCACUAGGCAGAAGCUGGCUGACUUUGCCUGCUUCCCACAUGGAGGACUUUUAACCCCAUCCCAGUGGCAUUAUUGGGAGCUUUGCCAUUGGCUUGAGCCACAUGCAUGGUUCCUUCCUCUUCUAAGCCAGCUAAUACCUUUUCAGUGAGAACAUAAUGUUUCAAGAAUAGUUGUUAUUCAUCUUAAUACUGCAAAGUAAUGUGCUUUGCUGAUGUGUGCAGAGGUCAGUUUUUCAGGUAUUAAAAAGUAAAUGCAAAGAGUUCCUGUUUGGCUAAACACCAGCCCAGGCUAGUGCCGCGUGCAACUCGGCAAAGCUGUUCAUCAAAGGCAGUCCCGACUUCAACAGGAGGGCUCUUGCUUUAUGUCCCGGGCUUGCUGGAGUCUUGGAGUUCUCAUCAAGGACACUAAACAAUAAUUGUGCCUGUCUGGGACUCUCAGGAAAAUUCAGCAUUAGCAUCUGCAUUAGUAGCUGAAAUGUAUUUGAAUAAAAGUGUUCUGCUCAGUGUAUGCUCCUUUGAAAUUGAAUUGGAAGCCAGGUGUGGGCUUCAUAGAGCCUGCCCAGUUCUUCAGGCUGUAGCACACAUGAAUGUUAUGAAAAAAAAGCAUCCACAUAAAUGCAUUAUCAUGGGGAUAUCUGAGUUAAGUAUUAGCGCAGUGUUUUUCUGUCUAGAUCUGCAAAGACUAUUUGCUUCUUGUGAAAUGUUUUUAUGUUUCUCUGAGCAUUGUCAAGAGUGCUAGCAUUCACCAGGAGCUCAGGAAAAAGACCUAGAUUCAAGCGAUCAGUGCCAGUAUAUAAGCAAGUGCUUGCUGAUGUCCUCCCUAGGAUUUCUUUUAUUACUUCUGCAAGGGAUCUGCUAUAUGAAUGUAUCAACAUGAGUUUGUUUUUCUUAAGGCCUAUUCUGGAUACGGGCCACAUGUUUUGCUGUGUGCCCCACAUGUAUGCGCCAUGCAUGUAUGUCUUGAAUUCUUGCUGAGACAAUAAAUACAAAGCAUUUGCAAGAAAAA